AUGUAUGUCGAUGAUGCUUUGGUAGGCGUUCAUACUGUUUCGCAGGGGUUGAAAGCGAAGGAAGAAUUGAUAAAAAUUCUUGAAUCAGGUGGAUUUGAGCUUUUGAAGGGUCUGGCUCGUGAAAAACUUUUAAAUGAAGACUUUUGGAGCUCGGCGACAAAAGCUCUGCUUUCGGUGGAACGCCUCGCAAUUAAGCCGCAUACCUUAUUAAGCUGGAAGAACUUUGUCUCAACUUCCGUGGGAAUUGAAGAAAUUAGCAUACCCAGCUUCAGUGAUUCGUCGAAGUCUGCUUAUGCUGCAGCGUUGUAUUUGAGAGUUGAACUAACCCUGGCUACUACACGCCUGGAAUGCUGGAUCAUAAGAGGCUGGAACUUGGUUAAAACUCGUUACCGAAAUUGUACGAAGUGCGUUCUGGCACAAAAGAAACGACAAACACAGCUAAUGGCUGCCCUUCCUCCAGAACGGACUACAAUAUCCCGAGCAUUUUCCACAUCUGGGGUAGAUUUCGCUGGUCCGGUGGAAAUAAAGAACUUUAGUGGUAGAGGCUGCCGCAUUUCGAAAGGUUAUAUUUGUCUGUUUGUUUGCUUCGCCACCGAGGCGAUCCAUUUGGAACCGGUCAGCGACCUUUCAACCCCGGCGUUUAUCGCCGCUCUUGCUCGAUUCGUUGCCCGGCGUGGUUGUCCCCGUCAUAUAUACUCGGACAAUGGUAAGAAUUUCGUGGGUGCUGGUCGCGAAAUACGAUCCAACCUCAUGAAGAUUAUAUCAGAAACCAGAGACGAUUCUGUUACUCGAUACGGGUUUCAGAAGUUAGAAUGGCACUUUAAUCCUGCCGCGGCUCCACAUAUGGGUGGCCUGUGA